AUGGCUUCUUCUUCUCUUUCAACCCAUUAUCACUUCACUUCUCCUCUUUCUCCUUCUCUAAAGAACAAUGCUAACAUCAAGCUUUCGUCUUCUCUUUUCGCUUCUCCCAUUAGCUUAUCUUCAAACCCCAACAUUUCUCUUCAAUUCUUUGACAAGGGACACUCCCCACUCCUUUCAACAGCUCCAAGAAGACUCUCAGUUAUUGCAAUGGCCCCUCCUAAACCUGGUGGAAAGUCCAAGAAAGUGGUUGGAUUGAUAAAGUUGGCUUUAGAGGCAGGGAAGGCAACUCCUGCACCACCUGUAGGACCAGCACUUGGUUCAAAGGGUGUAAAUAUUAUGGCUUUUUGUAAGGAUUAUAAUGCCAGAACUGCUGAUAAAGCUGGUUAUGUCAUUCCUGUUGAGAUUAGUGUUUAUGAUGAUAAAAGCUUUACUUUUAUAUUGAAGACUCCUCCUGCUUCAGUUUUAUUGCUCAAGGCUGCAGGAGUGGAGAGAGGUUCUAAAGAUCCAAAACUGGAGAAAGUGGGUAAGGUCACAAUUGACCAACUGCGCGCUAUAGCUACCGAAAAGCUGCCAGACUUGAAUUGCACAAACAUUGAAUCAGCGAUGAGAAUCAUAGCAGGCACUGCAGCUAAUAUGGGGAUCGAUGUAGAUCCUCCUAUCCUUGAACCCAAAAAGAAGGUUGUCUUGUAG